GAAGCCAGACCUGAGCCUUCUUCAGAAGCUUUUUCAUAGGUGAUAUGGCUGAAGAAGACACACACACCCUCAAGGUGGACCUGGAGAACAGCUGCCUGUCGCUGUAGACGCUUUAGCCAGGCUGGGCUAAAUAGGAACGGAGCUUCUCGAUAAACAGCACUUUGGCCUCUAUUUGAACGGCUGACCUGCCCACUUCCAGUUCAAAGGCAAAGAACCAUGAGCGUGCUUCCUCCGGAGAGUCUUGCGGUGGCCGCCCCGCGGAACAAGCGGCUGGACUUUGACGAUGCAUCCGAGGCUGACAUCCCAGAAGCCAAGCGACCCCGUCUUGGCCUGCUCCCAGGGCUGGCCCCCUGCCUCCAACCCCUAGCUCACUGCCCACCUGCUCCAGACCAGGAGUCCAAAGUUUCCCAGAUCGGCCCAUACGUCCUUCUAGAGGCCACUGACGGGGGCCGCUGCUACAGGGCUGUGAACAGGCACACCGAGGCGGAAUACACCUGCAAGGUUUAUCCGGCCAAGAGUUACCCGGAGGUGAUGGCCCCGUACGGCGCCCUCCCUUCGCACCCGAACAUCGCCCGUGUGGCCGAAGUGAUUGUCGGGGACCAGAACGUUUACCUCUUUCUCCAACCUGGAAAGGAUGACAUGCACAACUAUGUGCGGCGGUGUAAGCGCCUGCCGGAGCCUGAGGCUGCCGCGCUCUUCCGGCAGAUGGCCGAAGCGGUCGCCCACUGUCACCAGCAUGGCGUCGUCCUCCGGGACAUCAAGCUGAGGAGGUUCGUCUUUGCCGACAGAGAAAGAUCCAAAUUGCUGCUGGAGAAUUUGGAGGACUCCUGGGUGCUGGACGGCCCUGAUGACUCCCUGGAGGACAAGCACGGCUGCCCUGCCUACGUGGGGCCUGAGAUCCUCAGCUCCAGGGCAUCUUACUCUGGGAAGGCGGCCGACAUCUGGAGCCUGGGCGUGGCGCUCUACACCCUGCUCGUGGGCUGCUACCCCUUCCAAGACACCAAGCCCGCCUCGCUGUUUGGCAAGAUCCGGCGCGGGCGCUUCGCCGUCCCCGAGGACCUCUCGCCGAAGUCCCGCUGCCUCAUCCGUUGCCUCUUGCGCAAAGACCCGGCCGAGAGGCUGACAGCCAGCGGAAUACUGUUGCACCCGUGGCUGGCUGCCGGUAGCACCCCCGAGGGCUCCUGGAGCAGCCCCUCUGGAGAGCUAGGGCUGGAGCAGGUGGUCCCGGAAGUGGGGGGCUUAAGAAAGGUUAAAGAGGAACCAGAGGAGGAAGAAGGCUUGUAUAGCUGAGCCGGCUACGAGGAAGCAAAAUGGCGGCCUCCGUCUUAACCUGACUCAUGCUACUCAACGGCAGGCCCGUCCCCUCCCAUCUCUGAUUCCACGGCUAGGACUGGCCCACAAAGUGCCUUUGAGCUGCAACUGGAGUCACUCACAUGAAGAAGGUGCUUUUGCAUCCAAAUCAGGGAAGAAGGGAGUCGAUGCCCCCCCCCCCCCGAUCGGUUUGCGUGUGCCAAAGAAACGUUUCCGAACUCUGUUAUUGACAGCUGCGUCUCCCGCAUUAAGGGAGGGGGGAGCGCUUUGCCCCUACAUGACUCUGAAUCGAAGGAUCCGAGCUCCACACUGGUGGCAACAAGAAGCUUUGGAAACAGUACUGGGGACCCCUCUGGGGUUACUGGAGAAAGAGGUUUUGGUUGCAAAAGCUAGAAUGCUUAUCCUCCCGCUCCGUGACCAAGGACCGGAUUUCGUGAUCAAAGACAUGGACUUUCAAUUGAGGGUUUUGGCCGUAGCCUGACUCCAGUGAAGUGCCGUUUACAGUCAAACGUAUUCCUUGGCCCCAGGAUGUUGAGGACAGGGUAGCAUCCUUAGAGGGAAGAGGCAGGGUUGGGUCACUCACCUCUCCUCCCUGCUGUGACGACGUCUAGAUAAUCUGUGCCUUAAACCUCCUCCUCCUGUUUGGGGCAGAAGCAGUCUCUUACCACCCCCUUCCCCUCCAAUUUUUUUUAAUCACAGUGCCUCUGAUUCCUGCCCUGCCUUAAAAGAAGGCAGGGCUCUGGGGAAGGGCUCGUGGGCCCUGCCUGUGUUUCUACUUGAAUUUCACUCAAUACUUGACGUGUUUUGAGCCUGGGGCGGGUAGCUGUAGUGAUGGCUACCCUCCUUGGCCACCCUCCCCUUGUCUCUCCCCGAAAACUCUCGCACCUCCGUAGCUGAAUGACAAGAUAAACGGGGCCGGGCCUCUGCCUGGGGCUCACGUCACGGCCCUCUUCUGACGUGGAAGGGUGCACAUCCUCCCCCAGAACUCCCAUCGGGUCAGACCCCAUCGCGAGGCUCGUGGAUCUAACUCGGGAUGGCUUCCCUCCCCAGUAUUGCCUUGUCUGUCCUUUGCUGCUGAAGGUGGGACCGGAAGAGGCCGGUGGCCAUUUUGGAGUCGCACGUGUCCGCUGGCUCCCUGGAGGCAAAACCGAGCCCCUUGGCAGGGGUCCAGGGCUUUUGGCUGGCUUUGGUAGCCAAGCCCGCCUUGCUGUUUGCCAGGGCACUUCCCCUCUCCCGCAGUCCUGACUUCGUGCUGCAACCCUGUGAGAGGUCGGGGGCCCAUUCCCGGCUCCCCUGGUGCAGGAAAGGCUAGUGAGGGCUUGCU